GUUAGAGAUUUGUGCAUGUUUAUAGCAGAUUAAGACUUCCAAAAUAGUUGGUCAAAAUCAGGAUCAUAAUAUCCUAUUAAAAAGAGUUUUCUUUGAAAAUAACCUGAUCGAGAUUGUACAGCAACUCAAAUUGAGGAUAUGGCUUCAUUAAUGUCAAGGUUCAAAAGAAAGGUUUCCAAGAAACAACGAGAAGAGGAUCGCAGGAAAAGUAAUUCAGAAAAACCAGACAAUAAUGUAGAUAAUCACAAAGAACCUAGACCAGGUUGUAGUACUUCGCGAGCAGCAAGCUCCAGCGUAAAAGAAUUGGGUAAAGAUGAUGCAAAUAUGGGUCCAAGUAAUAGUGGAAAUCAUGCAAACAAAACUGCUCCUCCAAGAUAUGAAGAAGAGUUAAAUAAAGGGGAAAAAGGAAAGAGAAAAAAAGGGAUGAUCAUGAAUAAUGAAUCCACAUUAGAGAAACCAGACCAUCAAGAAGAUUUCAAGAAUGAAAGUAUUGUAAAUGCAAGUUUGAGAAGUUCAGAAGAAAACACAAAAAGAGAAUCCAUUUCUGAGGAGAGCUCUCAAAAUAUUGCCUGUGAAAAUGAGAGCUUGCAUGAGUCAUUAGUGUCAGAUCAAGAUAACAAUGUGCCAUCUGGGGCAAGCAAUAAUUUGAGUGAUCCAGAUAAUGAGUUAGUAGCACAGUUGCAACACAUUGAAAUAAUAAAUGCCACUGUAAGAGAUAAGACCGAUGAGCAGCAACUUCAGAGUGAAAAGACUUCUAUCUCUGAGCACACCAAGGCAAAUUCAAUGAACUUAGCAAAGCUUCAGAAUCCUGAUGUACCAGACAUCAUAAGAGAGGCAGAAGAGCAUUCACUACAUGUGCAUGCUCAAGAACAAGCACAGUCAAAAGUUGAGCCUUUAGUUUCAGAUAUUUUGUCGAAAAAGGAAAUGGAAGAUAGAAUUUCUCUGAAGCUUGACCGAGGAAGUUCUGUCCUAGCAAACUGGGAAAACCUUGCUUGUGAACUUAAUGCACCUCCUAAUAUCAGAGCACAGUGUAGAAGAACAACCAUGGAAAGCCCAACAGAACUGCUGUUUGAAUCUUUUAACAGCUGGAGACACACAGAAAACCUUACUGUUAAUGAASUAAUAGMMWWUCUUAAUGAAAUGAAAAGAAAAGAUGCUGUUGAAGUCAUAGAGAAAGCUAUUCCAGCACAUCAGAGAGAUUGCCAAGUGAGUGAUAAAAUAACCAACAAUCKAAAUGUAUUGGAAGAACUGGCAACAAAGCUGGACAAAGAGUCAAGAGUACUAAAAAACUGGAAAUAUCUUGGACUAAAGCUUGGAGUAAAGAGAGAAAUACUACAAGAAAUUGGGAAUGGGAAUUCUCCAAAUGCAGUWGAAGCCUUGUUUGAAUAUAUUUACUCAACCAUGCCUGGUUUAACUGUUGAGCAAUUUAAGGAAAAGAUGGAAAAGAUUAAGAGAGUAGAUGUUUUGGAUCUCUUUACUGACACUGAAACAGGUAAGAUGAUGGAAGUGGUACCACUCCACAGYGAUCUAAUGUGCUCCAUCUGCUACAUGCUGAAUAAGAGUUCUGCAGCUCUUAAAAACUGGAGACAUUUGGCUUCUGAAUUAGGAAUCGAUUACRACACAUAUAAGAGCUUUGAACCUGACUCUCCUCAGAGCCCAACGAGUAUCUUACUGGAGUGGGCAUGCUGUGCGAGAGGGGAUAAUUUCACUGUAAGAGAAUUGUGUGGGAAAUUAGAGAAAAUGAAAAGGUAUGAUGUAAUAGAGGUUAUUGAGAAGGAAUUUGGACAAAAUUUUAGGAAACCUCAGCAUUUAUAAACUGCGCCUGCUGCAACGUUCUCUUGUGUGGUGAAUCGAGGGUGGAGGAAAGCGGGUGGUGUAGCAGUAGUGUACUCGCCUCUCAUGCUCCUUUACAUCACAUGAGUAUAGAGUUUGCUACGGGUGUAACUCUACCCCUUGCUUCUCAGGUUUUCUUCACUCAAACCUAACAAACUAAAUUCGAAUUCGAUCUUUGACUUAACCGUUCCCUGACUUAGAUCAGCGAAGGGAUUGUUUCAGGGUUCUCAGGGUCUGUAAGUUAGCCAUGCCCUGACUUAGAUCUGCCGAAAGGUUGUUUCAGGGUUUGAUCUGUGAGUUAGCCAUGCCCUUCCUUAGAUCAGUUCAGAGGUUGCUUCAGAGUUCAAUCUAUGACUUAGCCGUCCCCUGUCUUAGAUCUGCUCAGAGGUUGUUUCAGGGUUUGAUCUGUGAGUUAGCCAUGCCCUGACUUAGAUCUGCCCAGAGGUUGUUUCAGGGUUUGAUCUGUGAUUUAGCCAUGCCCUGACUUAGAUCAGCCCAUAGGUUGUUUCAAAGUAUAUCUCGAUAAAUAAGGUUUUACGGUUGAAUCUUCCCGCCAAUGGUGAAAAUGCAUAUAAUAUAAUACGGCUACAAUAUAACGCACGCUUCUACUGGACAAGGCGUGCGUAUCCAUAAUUCUUUKAUCAGAACUGUUAAUCAAGAAGCUUUCGACUGGUGACUCUAGAAAAACGUAAGAUUGAGGUGAACUGCGCGCUAAAUAUUUUUAAAAUAGAAGUAGCAAUUGUUCUUAGAUUUUAGAUAAACAACACUCGAAUCUUAAUAAGCUUUUAUUUUAUUUUUAAGCUUUUAUUUACAUUUUAUACUUGUCUCAUAGAAGUCUCAUCAAAUUUCCCACUAGUGUACAUAUGAYAAGGGUUGACCAGCUCUUUGGGACUGACAUAAUAAGCCCACCAGCUUAUAAGAUAAAACAGAUUGUAAUAGAAUUURAAUAAAUUCRAUAAAUAA